CGCGUUUUCUUCAAAAUAGACGCGACAACGGCCUUGUGUGGUGUGUCCGUGUGUGUCGGGUGUACGCACGUGCACACAGCAUCGACCACGCUUCCACAAAAGCGUCGCCUUCUACCUUGGAGCGCUUGGGAUGAUUUUAGGCGCGAAAAAAGCGUGUAAAGAGAGAUAAACGCUUUCGUCUUACUCAGCUGAUUCUUUGAAAUUGUGCUACGAAAAUUUUUCGGCAUUAAAAGAUAAUCGUAAACAUGGCCGUGGAAAUAACUCUCGUAAUGAUACUCUGAUAUCUAUACAUAUAUAUAUAUAUCCGUAAUCUGUAAAUUUUCGAAAUUCCUCCGUGGAUUUGUUGCUUGGAGUACUCGGAGUCGUUUGAUGCUCCGGGGAGUCGUUUGAGCGACACGUGGGUCGCGGCGUCGCGGGCUUCUCCCAUUCGGUCGUUGGAGAUUGUCCGUCCGUCCGUCCGUGAGUCGUCUGCAUUCUGCAUCGGUGCCGCCCGCCUCUUCUUAUCGGGGAACGAGAAUCAUGGAUCCCGACGUCCUGUCGCGGCUGAUACCCCAGAGCAAGGAGCAGGUACGGGCGUCCUGCAAGAAAUGCGGCUACGCCGGGCAUCUAACCUAUCAGUGCCGCAACUUCAUCAAGGUCGAUCCCAAUAAGGAGAUCGUACUGGACGUGAGUAGCACGAGCUCGGACAGCGACGAGAAUUACGUCACGCCGUUGACGGAGCUGCGCGAGCGUGAGCUGCGGAAGAAGCUGCGGGAGGCGAGGAAGCGGCGCCGGGAGAAGAAGAACGCCAGGAAGAAGCACAAGAGAAAACGCGAGAGCUCGGAGAGCAGCGAGUCCGAGUCCUCUGAAUCGUCGUCAUCCUCGUCAUCGUCGUCGUCGUCGUCGUCGUCGUCGUCGUCGUCGUCGUCAUCGUCGUCCUCGUCCAGUGAGGAGGAAAAAAGACGCAAGAAAGAAAAGAAGAGGAAGAAGAGCGCCAAGCGUGGGAAGCGCAAGAGACACAAGCGGGAUGACAGUUUGCCCGGGCGCGACGGCGACAGGAAAAGAAAAUGAAUUGUUUAUGAGCUCCCCGGGUGUUUCGUUCCUUCUAGUUCCUUCGGUCGUUGAAUAUUGAUGCAUAGUGCGUGACUGUGACAUUUUUCGUAAGUCGCGUUGUGCUCCGAUUUCCCAUCGACGAGGGAACAUCUCACUCCAACUCGAACCUUGUAAUUAAAGGAAUUCUAGAAAUAUUUUUUUCACUUAUACAGAGAGCUGUGAUGUUCUGAAUAAAGAAUAGCAGAAAACAAGAGCGUACUGAUAAAAUCGCUAACGGUUUUUCUAUUAAAUUAUUAAAUUGAUUUCCCUCGUUUAUCUCUUAUAUCAUAUCUUCUUUUUUAUAUUUUUUUGUCCUGUUAUAUUUUAUCUAAUCUCUAACGUAAUCUUUAGCAAAUGUAGAUAUUAAAUACGUUUAUUCUCAUAGUUUUGUGUUAUCUUGCGAAGUUUUAGACGCGGAAUGACGCUGCAAAACGCUCAGGUCAUCAGUAGCAUACGUGUCUAUUCGUACACGUUUUCUAAAUAUAUUUUAUGUGUUUACGAAACGUACAUAAAACUAGCAUGUGCUAUUUGUACAGUUUUUUUAUUUAUUAAAAAACGGAAAA